AUGAAUAUUUUCGGUUUCCUUGUGGUCUUCUUCUGCUUAUUGGCAGAAGUUUCCGCAAAAUGUGCGGACAGUUGCGAGUGCCCGGAAUUCUCAUCGCUUAGAUACGAACGAUACGAUGUGUCCUAUCUCCAAUUCACUCAACUAGCAGGAUGCGCUGCAAAUGCCACGUGCGUCAAUCCCAACAACUUUAUGAUGUUAUCUGGAUUUAGUUCUUCCGAAAUUGAGCACCCUCCUGAAACGCCGGACAACUUUUUUAUCGUUACUUCUGGCAGAAAUUCAUCAAUCCUGGCAAGUUCUUUCGAUUUGUUUCCAUAUUUCGGAAUCAUUUGCGAAGGCGGAUCGUGGUAUGCAACGAAGUAUCCGAUGGGAAUAGCAACUCAGUCAGUGACAGGAGGCGGCCUUAUUUACACAAACUAUGACGAGUCAUAUGAUGGAAAGAAAUCCAGAAUUUCGGUCCUUGCUUGGUGA